GGACCUGGGUCUGAAUUUGAUGCGAUACGUUGUUGACGGGUAACACACCUCACCAACAUCGCUGGCAAAACUGAAGCACAUUUCUCUUCUCUUCUCUUCUCUUGUGUGCACAGACACAGUGUGCACCAUCUUCCUUCGUUCUGAGAUUCUCGAUCGUUGAAUUCAACCACCAAUCGCCGCCAUUCACCACCGAUCGGAUUCGGAUCCGAAAUGCACCGCACAAUUUCACCGACGAAGACUCCAUCAUGGCGUAACUGAAUCCUCAACCGUCAUCAACGUUCAACAAUGUCUUGGGGAUUGGGCUGGAAGAGACCUUCCGAGAUCUUCCACCUCACUCUCAGCUAUGGCACCGACGAUCCGCCGGAGAAUCUCGCCCGGACCUCAACCUCCUCACGGUCGUCAUCCGCCUCAUCGUCAUCGUCGUCCUCCUCCUCUUCGUCAAUCCUCUCGCAGGAUCAGGACCUUGGAUUUCGCAUUGAAUUGGAUUGGUCGGCGUCGGAGGACGAGGAUCAGGCUGCUCUCAAGCUUCAGUCGCAGCUCAUGGUGGCUCUGCCGAUGCCGCAGGACACCGUCGAGGUUGAGUUGAGACCGAGGGACGGUGAGGAGGAUACGGUGGAUUUGAGCAUGAAGGUUGUUAAGAGAAGGGAGCCUCUCAGGGCGGUUUCGAUGGCUAAGGCUGUUGCUACUGGUCAACAAAGCGAUGGCACAGGAGUUUUGAUACGCUUGUUGCGCUCCGAUUUGCCUUCCUCGAUUCCGCAGCACGUUGAAGACGCCGUUGCUGGUUGCGGCCACCGCUGGACCAGUCUCGCUGUGCUUGGUAUGUGCGGCUGUGGCUUGUCGGUAUUUCCAGUAGAGCUCACACAACUGCCACACCUUGAGAAACUUUACCUUGAUAACAACAAGCUGACCGUUUUGCCACCUGAGCUUGGUGAGCUAAGAAGCUUAAGAGUGCUCAGAGCUGACAACAACAUGCUUGUCUCAGUACCUGCGGAACUGAGGCAGUGUGUGCAGUUGGUGGAGUUAUCAUUGGAAAACAACAAGCUUGUUCGGCCUGUUCUUGACUUCAGGGCUAUGUCUGAACUACGUGUUCUUAGGCUAUUUGGAAAUCCUCUUGAGUUUCUUCCUGAAAUUUUGCCCCUCCACAAACUUCGUCACCUUUCUCUUGCAAAUAUUAGGAUUGUGGCUGAUGAAAAUUUGAGAUCAGUGAAUGUGCAAAUAGAGAUGGAGAAUAGUUCUUACUUUGGUGCAUCUAAGCAUAAACUCAGUGCUGCCUUCUCUCUUAUAUUCCGUUUUUCUUCUUGUCAUCACCCUUUACUAGCAUCUGCUCUAGGAAAGAUAAUGCAAGACCAAGGAAAUAGAGUAUUUGUAGGUAAAGAUGAGAAUGCAGUGCGGCAGCUUAUAAGUAUGAUAAGUAGUGACAACACACAUGUGGUUGAACAAGCCUGCUCUGCUCUUUCAGCCCUUGCUUCUGAUGAUUCUGUCGCACUGCAGCUGAUGAAGGCGGACAUCAUGCAGCCAAUCGGAAUAGUUCUGAAAUCUGCAGGUCGGGAAGAGGUAAUAUCUGUAUUGCAAGUUGUGGUCAAGUUGGCUUUCACAUCUGAUACAGUCGCUGAGAAGAUGUUGACCAAGGAUAUUUUGAAAUCAUUAAAGACUUUAUGUUCCUUUAAAGAUCCAGAGGUACAAAGAUUAGCUCUGUUAGCUGUUGGAAAUUUGGCCUUCUCUAUAGAGAAUCGCCGCAUACUUGUUACUUCUGAAAGCUUGCGAGAACUUCUCUUACGCCUGACUGUUGCAACUGAAUCACGUGUAUGUAAAGCUGCAGCCCGUGCUUUGGCAAUUCUUGGAGAAAAUGAAAACCUGAGGCGUGCAAUAAGAGGAAGACAAGUGGCUAAGCAAGGACUUCGAAUACUCUCAAUGGAUGGAGGUGGGAUGAAAGGUUUAGCAACUGUACAAAUGCUGAAGGAAAUUGAAAAAGGAACUGGAAAACGAAUACAUGAGCUAUUUGAUUUAAUAUGUGGCACAUCAACGGGCGGAAUGCUAGCUGUUGCCCUUGGGAUUAAGUUAAUGACAUUGGAAGAAUGUGAAGAUAUAUACAAAAAUCUUGGUAAGCUUGUUUUCGCUGAUCCUGUUCCCAAGGACAAUGAAGCUGCAUCAUGGAGAGAAAAGUUAGAUCAACUUUAUAAGAGUUCAUCACAGAGCUUUAGAGUUGUUGUUCAUGGAUCAAAACACAGUGCAGAUCAGUUCGAGAGGCUAUUAAAGGAAAUGUGUAGUGAUGAAGAUGGGGAUCUAAUGAUAGACUCUGCUGUGAAAAAUGUGCCCAAAGUUUUUGUUGUAUCAACCUUAGUGAGCAUGAUGCCAGCACAGCCGUUCAUAUUUCGUAAUUAUCAGUAUCCUGCUGGAACACCAGAGGUGGCUCUUACAACAUCAGAUAGUUCUGGGAUCACUGUAUUAGCAUCGCCUAUUGGUGGACAAGCUGGCUAUAAACGCAGUGCAUUCAUUGGAAGUUGUAAGCAUCAAGUGUGGCAGGCUAUCAGAGCGUCAUCUGCUGCUCCUUAUUAUCUUGAUGAUUUCUCAGUUGAUGUCAACCGCUGGCAAGAUGGUGCGAUAGUGGCAAACAAUCCUACAAUUUUUGCCAUAAGAGAAGCACAACUUCUGUGGCCUGACACAAAAAUUGACUGUCUGGUUUCAAUAGGAUGCGGUUCUGUUCCAACUAGGAUGCGAAAAGGGGGUUGGAGGUAUCUGGAUACAGGGCAGGUGUUGAUUGAGAGUGCAUGCUCUGUUGAUCGCGUGGAGGAAGCUUUAAGUACAUUGUUACCUAUGCUUCCUGAAAUACAAUAUUUUCGUUUCAAUCCAGUUGAUGAACGUUGUGAUAUGGAACUUGAUGAGACAGAUCCAACAAACUGGCUAAAGUUGGAAUCUGCAAUUGAAGAAUAUAUGCAACAGAAUCAUCAUGCAUUUGAAAAUGCGUGUGAGAGAUUGCUUCUUCCUUUCCAGCAUGACGAGAACCUGAGAUCUAAAUUACCCAAGACAAAGGAGUCAAACGAGGGUGCAAAUGGCCCUACUUUAGGGUGGAGGCGCAAUGUCCUACUUGUUGAAGCUUCACAUGAUCCAGAUUCUGGAAGGAUGAUCCAUCAUGCCAGGGCGCUCGAGUCAUUCUGUGCUCGUAAUAGCAUACGGUUAUCCCUCAUGCAAGGCUUGUCGGGGAUAGUCAAGACAGUGCCAUCAACAACAUUCGCGACUCCAUUUGCGUCACCUUUGUUCACAGGAAGCUUCCCUUCAAGUCCACUUGUGUAUAGCCCUGAUAUAGGUCAGAGGAUUGGACGAAUUGAUCUGGUACCACCUUUAAGUUUAGAUGGUCAGUUGGGAAAAUCAGCUGCAUCGCCUCCAGUAUCUCCUCGAGGACUUAGGCAGCUCUCUGUGCCUGUCAAAGCAUUGCAUGAGAAAUUGCAGAAUUCACCACAAGUGGGUGUUAUACAUUUGUCUCUUCAAAAUGACUCAGAUGGCUUAAUUGUUAGUUGGCACAAUGAUGUGUUUGUGGUGGCUGAACCUGGAGAGCUUGCUGAUAAAUUUCUACAAAGUGUUAAAUUCAGUUUGUUGUCAACAAUGAGGAGACAUCGCAGGAAGGGCGCAUCUCUCUUGGCAAAUAUUUCUACCAUUUCUGAUUUAGUUGCCUUUAAACCUUAUUUCCAAAUUGGAGGCAUUGUUCACCGUUAUCUAGGACGUCAAACCCUAGUUAUGGAAGAUGAUCAUGAAAUUUGUUCAUACAUGUUCCGUAGGACUGUUCCCUCUAUGCAUUUAUCACAUGAUGAUGUAAGAUGGAUGGUUGGAGCUUGGAGAGACAGGAUCAUAAUAUGCACAGGGACAUAUGGACCUACUCCUUCUCUUAUUAAGGCCUUGCUGGAUUCAGGUGCCAAAGCUGUCGUAUGUUCUUCAAAUGAACCACCAGAAUCUCAGUUGACGACGUCCUUCGAUGGUUCCAGAGAGAUGAAUGCGAUGGAAAAUGGGAAGUUUGAAAUCGGAGAGGACGAUGCAGACGAUGAGAACGUACCUGCCAGUCCAGUUAGUGACUGGGAAGAUAGUGACGGUGAGAAAAUUUUGGACCGCAGUUUUUCUUUUUGGGACGAUGAUGAAGAGGAACUGUCACAAUUUGUUUGUCAGAUAUACGAAUCAUUAUUCAGGGAGGGUGCUGGUAUCAAUGUUGCCUUGCAACAUGCCCUUGCCUCAUAUCGAAAAAUGGGGUAUGUGUGCCAUCUCCCUGGCGUACAAUAAUUUGUUCACUUAACUUGAUCUUACACAAUAGUAAUACCCAUAAAAAAGAAAAAAAGAAAAAAGAGAAACAAAGAAAGAGAGUCUGUGUGAGAACGUGUUCUUACAAUAUAAAAUCUCAAUCGAUAACCAAUUUUGAUGGCUUGUAAAGAUGUGCAUUGUCAGUUAAUGUUUCGUUGUUUUUUUCUUGUUCUCAUGUGUGGAUUUAAUAACCAUUUGAUUAGAGCUUGGUAUAGUAGUAUCAAAGAUUUCCUUUCCUUGUCA